AAGGGAAGCUCAUUACUUUUCGAAGCGAGAUCGGGAUGCCUUAGAACACGCACCUAUAAAGCGAGAUAUAUGAAGGAAGAAGAAGCAUGUGCUUGCUGCGGUAAAGCUAGGGAAACGACGGAGCAUAUUUUAUUAGAAUGUGAAGACGUCUACCCAGCGGUCGAUUUAGGCACCAUUGGCCUCCUUGAAGCCCUUGGGUUCAGCGGGAGCAGUGCUAAAGCAAACAGGUCCGCAAUAGACAUUAGUAAGAGGCGAUUGGAGGAUUGGUGGAAGAAAAGUAGGGAAACGACAAAAGACGGAGACGUACAAAAGCACAAUUCGCAAUAGGGGAUCAGAAAGUUUGGACGCGGUAGUUCAUAGUGUUUUUUUUUUCCAUUGGUUAACCUAGGUAGGAUAUUAGGCAGCAUAGUAGCAAGAGCUUGGUGGCGCAACCCACCGCCCCGUUCCAAAGGGGACGCUCAUAACAUCCAUCCAUCCAUCCAUCCGUUGCUCCGGCUCCCGCUGCGUGGACUGCGUGGAGUAUGCCACUUUUGUCGGCGCCUGUACAUUCACACAAACAUACAGUUCAAGCAAUCAUGCCGAUGCUUGAAUUCAACAUGACAGAAGGACAGAAUGCAUGAAAAAAGGAGCAAAUAAACUAUGUGCGGUUGAGUCGUGAGUGCAGGUGCGCCUGCAAACGGGAUAAAGAAUUUUGUGUAAUGACUUCAUCAGGAAGUUUAUUCCAAUCAACUAUUGUUCUGGUAAAAUAGGAGUACUUGAAGCAGUGGUUGUGCGGUGUUAACGGGGUUACUGCUAGGGAGUGUUUAUGACGAGUAGCAUGACCAGUUAAAGGUGUUAAGAUGUGCGAGGUAUCAAUAUGGUAGUGGCUAUUCAUUAGCUGAAAAAAAAAAAGAAUUUUAAUCUGGAAACACGGCUGAAUUUCGAAAAAGACAUUCUGACCCUUCGGAUGCAAUUUUCUCGUAAACUAAGUCUGUUCUUGGCGCGAAACAAGCGCUGCGAUGUUUCUGGAAUGAUAUUUAAACAGUCCACGUCGACUUAGUAUUUGCCUUUAGUUUCCCUUUAACAUUUAUUUCUCGAUAAAUGUCGCUCCAAGAAAUGAGACCUUGUCCGGCGUUUUUUUUUUUUCUUUAAUCUUUCCAGUUUGGCAUCUUCCGAGGCCAAGUGAAUCCAAUCGUACCGCCUGACUGGAGCUACAUACACACCGGCGCCGUGUGGCCGGAUGCGGAUGACGUCAUCGAGAAGCACGUCAGGAACAUCCUCAGCGUCGCUGACAUCGUGGGCCUCAGCACGAGCAACACAACCGAUGAGCCCAACACGGUGCAGUUCGUGGGUGCCAGCCCCCGUUUCCUUUGGGCAUCGCCUCCGAACCCGAUUCGUGGAAUUCUCCCCGGCAUCCGAGGCAUGUUGGGCAUGCUGCAGGAAUUCCCCCGCUGGAAGCAGGUCCUGAACAAAAACAAGCUAUGUUUCUCGGUCUCCUCGUCGAUAAACUACGCCAAGAACCUCAACCGGGACAUCGACUUCAGGGUGGACAUGGAGGACAAGGAUGAGAGCGUCAUCCGAUUCUCUCGAUAUAGGUUCACUACCAAAGACAGCCGCACGAACGAAUACCCGUUGCAAGAGUUCGACUUCAAGUACGAGUUCAAUAACCCCACCCACACCCACUUUUGGAAUGUGCGCGUCGGGGGCGACCUGAAAGGGUUCUUCGCUUACGACGACGCCAGCACGCUCGAUUACAAGAUAAAGGAGCUACUAAACGCCUACCCGGACGACCGAUGCGUCGUGUUCGACGACCUCGGAGACGACGUGUGGGAGGCUAGCUUCAACCACGACGGUCAGACGGUGGCCUUCAAGAAGUACGAGAUGCUCCACGUCAUCGCCAGCGCCAUGGUGCAAAGAUACGGCAUGGCGUUCCCGCCGAACUAUUAUUAGGGUGCUCAGCGGGCGCGUCAUGGUGGUGCGCGCCGAGCAAGACGCCAAUCGACGCGGUCGUCGUGUAGCCCGAAGGCGUUGGGACUCUGUGCGUUGGGCGGUCAACGCCUCAAGUAUUGCGACUUCCAGAAAAAAAAAUACAUAUAGUGACAGAGAUUACAUAUACCAGGGCGCGAUUUAAUGAAAUCAAAUUUUCGACUCGUCGAUACACUGGUACAAACCGUGGCCUCCGAGAUCAAACUGGUGCGAUCUCGGAGGCUACGGUCCAAGCAUUUUCAACAUUGAAGUAACACUACCAAGCAUCGAAGCGCCCUCAACACUGCACCACACGCUGGGCUCUUCUUUGUUUCGUAUUGCUAGCCCAACAGCAAAAACUAUUUCUGUAAGAACCAGUUUCGGCACUCGCUUGAAGUCUGCGUCAUAUGACGUUACGAUGCACUCGCUCGUUCUGUUCUGCGCUCGCUGCAGCUGCCACACGCGAGCGUAGUCAAGAGAAGCGCGUGCAGCGGUCUUGUCUUUUUUUUUUUAUCAACAUCAUCAUACCUAGCCUUAUUGUUGCACGACGUUAACGAAUUUCGCUCCCGUGACAUCGGAAUAACA